AUGGAGCAAACUGAAGAAGGAAUGGGCAUCAGGGUGUACAGUGCAACCCCAUCCCGAAACCCUUCUCUUCCUCAGUUGCUUCCGGGAGUCAUACCCGGCGCUGACGCCGGAAACAAAAACGGUGGUGGCCGGAAAAGGCGUGCAGUGGCAAAGGGAAUGCAGAAAACCAUAUCCAAAACCUCAAUGCUCGUGAACUUCCUCCCCACAGGGACCCUUUUGACCUUCGAGAUGGUUCUCCCGUCCGUUUACCGUUACGGCGAUUGCACGGCGAUCAACACCAUGAUGAUCCACGUUCUGUUAACCCUUUGCGCUCUCUCCUGCUUCUUCUUCCACUUCACGGACAGCUUUCGCGGCCCCGACGGGAAAGUUUACUACGGCAUGGUUACGCCGAAAGGGUUGGCGGUGUUCAAGACCGGGCUGGACGUGGAGAUUCCGACAGAUGAGAGGUAUAAGUUAGGCCUGACUGACUUCGUGCAUGCAAUCAUGUCAGUGAUGGUGUUCAUGGCAAUAGCCUUCUCUGAUCAUCGCGUGACGAAUUGCCUGUUCCCUGGACACGAGAAAGAGAUGGAUCAGGUGAUGGAAAGUUUUCCGCUAAUGGUGGGUAUUAUUUGCAGUGGCUUGUUCCUUGUGUUUCCUAAUACCAGGUAUGGCGUUGGCUGCAUGGCUGCGUGA